GGAAGUCAGUAGCAAUCCAGCAACGUCGAGCUUCACAUUAACUUUAACUUCCCGAUCACCCAAGAAAUCGUCAUGUCGACCGCCGAAACCAACCAACUGCUCCAGCGCCUGAACAGCCUGAAAAUUGUGGAAACCCCUAAGGAGCAAAGGGAAUUGGGCAACCGGGAGUGUUAUUCCCUGGACAGCAAGAAGUAUGGACUGGUGCCCGCCACCCCCAGCAGCGGUGGACCCGGAAAGUUUCAAACCGAGCUCAAGAAACGUCGCAAAAACAAACUUAAUCGCAUGUACACUUACGAGACGGACAAACACUUCAUCAAGGCUCGCAAAUCUUUGAACUUCUAGUCAUGCCCCGAUGUAAUCACCUUAGUCAUAAGCAGCUUUGAUUUCAAAUCGAACAAGUCAAAUAUAUUUUUCAUCACUCUCUUAUAAUAAAGUAUAAAUAUAAAAUUCAAA